UAUCCAAUAUCCUCUGAACCCGCCUGGUGCUCAAACUUGGACGCCGACUGAAAAUAAUGUUGUUUCCCCGCGGAAGCAAACUUUCCUGCCAAAGAAACAGAAGUCCGGAACUUGAGUCAGGGUUUGUCGGUGUGUUCAGUGUUAUCUGAAAUACUUUUUUUUUUCCUUCGUUUUAGUGUAGAACUCUUAAUGGCCAGCAUUGGCUGAGUGUUUUGAUCCAGUCAGUGACAGCCUGCAAACAGCAGGGAGAGCUGUGCAGCGAGCGCAACGCAUUUGUUAUGAGUGCUUCCGAGCUGUGAGGGGAUAAUCUGGGGACCCAUUUCGUGCUGGAACACCUUCAACAGAGUGAGUGGGAGAUCACAGCCAGAGAAGACAUGGAGGCCUCACAAGACCUCAGCGAACAGAUGGUGAAGAAAUCACACAGUGAAUCUCAUGUUCCAGACCCUUCAGACGCCAGGUCUAUGGAAAUGCAGGACCUAGCCAGUCCUCAUAACCGCGUGGGAGCCGGAGACUCGACAGGCUCCAAACUGGACAAGAGCAACCUUGGCAGUCCCUCCAUCACCACUAAUGGAACAGGAGGUGAAAGCAUGACCGUUCUAAACACGGCUGAUUGGCUGCUGGGCUGCAGCAGCCCGCCCCCUGCCUCGGGUUCCAAGGACUAUGUGAAAACAGAGCCUUUGAAUAGCAGUGAUACGGUCACCACGACAGGCGACACAGCACUGGACACAUAUGCUGGCUCAGUAAUCACUAGCAGCGGAUACAGCCCUCGUUCGGCCCACCAGUACUCUCCUUCGCUCUACCCGUCAAAGCCCUACCCUCACAUCCUCUCCACACCACCGGCUCCUGCAAUGCCAACGUACGCUGGCCAGCCUCAGUUCAGCAGCAUGCAGCAGUCAACCGUUUAUACAGCCUACUCACAGACAGGACAGGCCUACGGACUCUCCACUUAUGAUCUGGGUGUGAUGCUUCCUGGGAUUAAGACGGAGAGCAGCCUGACCCAGAGUCAGUCUCCCCUCCAGACUGGCCUCAGCUACAGCCCUGGCUUCACCACACCUCAGCCUGGACAGACUGCCUAUUCACCCUAUCAGAUGCCAGGUUCCAGUUUCACUCCUUCGUCAGGCCUCUACGCCACCAACAACUCUGUAUCCAACCCUGCCAACUACACUGCCACACAGCAGGAUUAUCCCUCAUACACGACGUUUGGCCAAAACCAGUAUGCGCAGUAUUACUCCCCCUCCACUUACGGGUCGUACAUGACCUCCAACAGCGUGGACGGCACCAGCUCUACGGCAGCCUAUCAGCUGCAGGAUCCCGCUCCUGCCAUGACCGGACAGGCUGCUGAGAUUCACCCAGGGGACUUUGAUACAGUGCAGAGCCCCUCCACACCCAUCAAAGAGCUGGACGAUAGAGCCUGCCGGAGUGGGGGGUCCAAGUCUCGCGGCAGGGGCCGCAAAAACAACCCUUCUCCUCCCCCUGACAGUGACCUGGAGAGAGUGUUUGUGUGGGAUCUCGAUGAGACGAUCAUCGUCUUCCAUUCUUUGCUCACAGGCUCCUAUGCACAGAAAUAUGGCAAGGACCCUCCAAUGGCAGUCACACUUGGUCUGCGGAUGGAAGAGAUGAUCUUCAACAUGGCUGACACACACUUAUUCUUUAAUGACCUGGAGGAAUGUGAUCAGGUACAUAUUGAUGAUGUGUCAUCAGAUGACAAUGGCCAAGACUUAAGUACUUACAGUUUUGCAACUGAUGGCUUCCAUGCAGCUGCAACCAGCGCCAACCUGUGCCUGGCUACGGGGGUCCGCGGUGGGGUCGACUGGAUGAGGAAGCUGGCCUUCCGCUACCGACGGGUCAAAGAGUUGUAUAGCACAUACAAAAACAAUGUAGGGGGUCUGCUGGGCCCUGCUAAGAGAGAUGCCUGGCUGCAGCUAAGAGCAGAGGUGGAGGCUCUGACUGAUUCCUGGCUAACCCACGCACUCAAGUCCUUGUCCAUCAUAAGCUCAAGGAGUAACUGUGUAAAUGUGUUGGUAACAACGACGCAGCUCAUACCGGCGCUGGCGAAGGUUCUUCUGUAUAGUCUUGGAUCGGUUUUCCCCAUUGAAAACAUUUACAGUGCUACGAAAAUAGGCAAAGAGAGCUGUUUUGAGCGUAUAGUCUCCCGCUUUGGCACUAACAUUACAUAUGUUGUGAUUGGAGAUGGGAAGGAUGAAGAGCAUGCCGCCAGCCAGCACAACAUGCCUUUCUGGAGGAUAUCCAGUCACUCUGACCUGCUGGCAUUACACCAAGCACUGGAGUUCGAAUACCUGUAACUACCACGGCGAAAUGGACUCAUGCAACGUUGAUGGAAACAAGCAGCCUUCUUUUGUACAACUAUUUAAGAACACAUUAGACUGCAAUGGUUUGAUCUCUCUUUCUCCUGUCUUUUUGAACGUCUGGAUUGAUGAACUCUAAACAGUCUUAAGUUGAAGGUGAUAAAGAAGCCCUGUUCAGUCCUCCUGCUCUGGAUCUAUAUCUAUAUGUAAAAAGUGAAGUUUUGUUCAUGCAGCUUAACUGGGAACCCAAGGAUGAAGACUUUCUGGGAUGUUUCUGUUCAAGAUUUUUUUGAGCAAAAGGAAGAUGUUUCACCUGGAAUGUACCUUCCCCUGCAUAUUAUUAAUCUGAAGGAAUCCGUAGAGUCCAUAAUGUAUAACAGGGGACAUGUUUUUCUAAGGUUUUCUUUCUGGCGGUUAACUUGCUAUAAAAUUGCAAUCUGUGGUAAAAACUUAUGUAAAUUAUUUCCAAUAAAUUUCAAGGACAGUGGAUGUUUUGGGUUUUGUCAGAAAUUAAAUUGUAAGGAUUUGA